AUGGAAUCCAGAAUCACCGGAGAGCAGCAGCUGAAGCCAGCAACGCGCUUGCGCAAGCUCCUCUCACAACCGGGCAUCUGUAUCCAGGCGCCGGGAGUGUAUGAUGGUCUUUGCGCGCGCCUUGCUAUAGAACAAGGCUUCGAAGUGAUGUACAUGGGCGGCUCUAUGACUACGGCCGCACGUCUUGGAAAGGCAGAUCUUGCUUUUGCGUCGCUGAACGACUUUGCACAGAAUGGGCAAAUGAUCGCAAAUAUCGAUCCUCGCAUCCCUCUCAUCGCAGAUGCAGAUGUCGGGUUCGGGUCACCGCCAAACAUCGCUCGCAUGGUGCAGACAUAUGAUUCUUGUGGAAUCGCCGGCUUCCACAUUGAAGAUCAAAUGUCUAAUAAGCGAUGUGGCCACUUGAAGGGAAAGGCGGUCGUCGACAUUGAGACUUGGAAAACAAGAAUCCGCGCCUGCGUAAUUGGUCGGGAUGCUAUCUAUGGUGGCAGUGAUAUAGUUAUCAUUGCGCGAACGGAUGCGCUGGCUGUUGAGGGAUACCAGGCUGCUCUUGAUAGACUCAUUGCGGCACGGGAAUGUGGCGCCGAUAUGGGCUUCUUAGAGGCUAUUGAGACAGAAGAACAGAUCAAGAAUGCGGUCAAGGUUCUGGCACCGAUGCCUCUGAUGGUGAACCUGGUCUCAAACGGCAAGACGCCGUGGUUCUCACCCGAACAGUUGGGCGAGUGGGGAGUCAAGCUGGCUAUCUACCCCGGUGCUGCCGGGAAGUCAGUUCUUCACACCAUUAGGCGCGCUUAUAAGUUCCUUAUGGAAACUGGACAGGACGAUGCGCAGGCACAGGGUCUGGAUCCUAAGGGUUUCUUUAAUGUCAUGGGGCUGCAAAGAGAGAUGGAAAUCGAUCGGCUGGCUGGAGGUGUAUCAUUUGCAAACGGCGCGUAA